UAUUUACAAACAUUGGUAUACUUCAGUCCAUGGAGGAUCGAGAUGGCUAGAAAUGGCAGACGUUCUAGCAACAAAUCGUGAAGAAAAUUUCCUUCAAACCUACUUCAACGGCUUGGCUCAGUCUUCAUUUGAUAAAUGCAAAGAUGCUGUAGACAAGGAACGUGAUACUAACAAGAAUCAAAAUGGAAUUUGGCCUUAUCUCAUGGGAACUUUAUCCCAACUGGCUACUACAGAGAAAUCAUACAUGGCCCUCUUAUUCCUUGUGCCAAAAAGUUUUCUACGCAAGGAAAACUCCCUGAAAUCUGCUUAUGAUACUUUAAGAAUGGAAUGCAAGCGAACUGAAGAAUUCUCUAAAACCACACAGUUAGAUUUACUUGUUGUUCAUCUACUUGGCCAACUUGCUCAAUUUGCUUCAGCCAGAUUAGAGCUAAUGGAAUUUUAUGAAAAAUUAUCUGCCUUUGGAUCAUCAAAACAAAACAAUCUGGAAGAACUUCUGCCUCAAAUUCACAAUUUAAGCCAAACAAGUGACAUCAAGUUUCAUCAUCCUUUGAUGGAACCAUUAAAAUCUUCUUUUGCAUAUGAAUGUGAAAUACUUACACAUCUGCUGGAUGCCAAUGUAGAGAUGGCCUCAUGGAAUUAUCUUCCAGCAUUAUUGAAAAUCAAUGAAACUCAAGCCAAAUUGGACACAUGGGCGAAAAUUUUCCAAUUAAAAGAAACAAGAAGACUAGGGCUUUUCAAAACCCCAACCUCCCCACAACUUUUCCAGUGGCUUAUAAAAUUCAAGUGCUUGAGUGUUUCAAAAUUCACCCUAUACUUUUAUGAAGUGCUUUCUAAGUAUUCAACUCCUCAGGAUUUAAAAACAUUAUGUGCAAAGCAAAGUUUGGACUAUGUGAACUUAAUUCAAGCGUUCCAGAGAAAAGCUGAUGCUCGUGCAGUUUCCUUAAUACUGGAUGUAAAUGGUCUUGAAUCAUUCCGUGGACCGGGCUAUGUCCAUCCCAACAAACCGAUAGACACCCCUAAAGGAUUGGAUUCAUACCCGUGCAUCUUCACUUCUCCUGAUAAAUCUAUUCGAGAAAUUCCUUACUGGCCAAGCGUGAUCAUGACAUUGGCUGAUCGUAUUCAAGAUUUGUCGAAUUAUGAAAAGCUAGUAUAUGUAUUUGAUCACAGGGCACAACGGACUUAUUUUUUACAGCGGGUUGAACCGCGGCUGACGUUGGUCUUGAUUUUCGAAUCAAAACGACUAGAGAAAGAGAGUUACAUCGUUAGUUUCAUGAAUGAAAUAACCCAACAACUUAGAGGGACCCGAAUUUUUAAUUGCUUAAAAGGCACUGGCUCAUCAUAGAAAUUGUCUGGUUAUAGUAGCCUAUAAUUACGAAAAGGUCUCGUUGCUGCGAGUCUGCGACCAAUUCUGUAAAAAAAAAUUUUGCGUUGCUUUCAUGCGCAUAUUAAAUGCGAUAUGGCAAUCAUGUUGA